GUGACGUCGCCGGGGCCCACACCCUGCUGCUAGACCAGUCCCUCCGGAGGGGUGGGGAAAGUAGGAGAGUGAGACAUGGCGUCGGAGGGUGUCAUCCCGCAGCUAGUGGAGAGUAUAACACAGGGCAGCAGCCCCUCCGCACCCACUUGUAGCGUGCCUAUGGCGGGGGGUGACAUUAGUAGUAGUGCCCAACCCUCCAUCCCCUGCCAGACAGAAGUAGUUUUGGAUGAGAAAACCAAAAAGGAACUCUUCACCGACACCUUCUGUAGAGUGUGUGGAGCAGUCCUACAAUUCGAAUCCCACAGAAAUGCACAUUAUGAGGGUAAGAGACAUGCUCAGAAAGUUCGCCUUUACUUCUUAAAUAAAGAACUGGAAGAAAUGGCAUAUAAGAAGAGAGCAGAUCAGAAAGCAGAGCGCAUUCAUUCUCGUAUUUCAAGGUCUAUAUCACAGAACAGCAGUUCAGUGGAUCAACCAUUAGCCCAGGAUAAAAACAAGUUUUGUAGCUUGUGUAACAUGGUGUUCAGUUCUCCAGUUGUCGCCCAGUCACAUUAUGUGGGGAAAAUUCACAGCAAGAAGCUGAGGCAGUUCUCUGGGGAAACGAGUGAGUGGACAGCCGAAGCCAGCGAGUCGUCGGUGAUCGGUCCGGAUGAAGCAGCUGUUCCCCCUGCCAAUGAGCAAGACAAUGUGACGCCCCCUCCUCCAGAGAAAUCCAACCAGCAGGAAGCCAGCACCGAGCCAUCCUCUGCCGAUAAUGAGAUCGAUCUCAGUGACCCGAGCAAGUACUGCAAGCUCUGCUGUGCCUCUUUCAACAACCCAUCGGUGUCCCAGCAGCACUACAACGGCAAGAAACACGCUCGUAAUGAGUUACGGCGGAAAUUGGUGGAGGAGAUGGAGGAUACGGGGCUCUCAAUGGACUCAGGGGGAGACGGGAUGUACGUGUGUCCAAUCUGCAGCAUUACCCUCACCUCCAUAGAGAUGUACCAAUCCCACAUGCAAGGAAACAAGCAUCAAACCAAAGAAAACAUUGUGGCUAAUUUAAUGAAGACAACCAAGAAGAACUACGAUUCCUUUGAGAAUGAAUUGGAAGACUAUAUAAAAGUCCAGAAGGCUCGAGGCCUGGCACCAAAAACUCAGUUUAGACCAGAAAAAGAUCAGCAAGACAGUGCUGAGGAAACAGAACCUGUACCAAUUCAUCCACCAAUUCAUCCACCCCCUCAUCCACCCCCCCAUCCUGCUGCUUACAAAUACCUUGGUCAUAAAGCCAGACCAUACCCACCCUUUAAUCCCCAUCCUGCCAUUGAUCCUAGAAUGGCUAGCUGGGAACUGGCUUACUGGCCGCCAAAACCGCCAAGAAUGCCCAUGAAAACAGCCCCACCCAGAAAACCGCCUCCCUCCAGCCCCGACUCCAGUGACUACUCUUCCUCCGAUGACAGCAGCGACUCCCACAAAAAGAAGCACCAUAAAGGGGAACACCGAAGCAAAGAGCGGAAACACCACAGCAAAUCAAAGCGAGAAAAUGGAAGCAGCGACAGAAAGAAACGGAAAAUUGAGGAAACCGAUUCGGGCAAAGAAGACAGCGAAAAGGAAAAGAAAACUGAGGCUUCUGGAGAUAAAUUCAAACACAAAAAGGAAAAGAAAGAUAAGCCCUCUACUGAAAAAGAGAGCAAAAAACACAAAAAGCCCAAAAAAGCAGCGGACCAACGAACAGAGGAGGAGCUGUUAUGGGACGAAUCCAUCUUGGGUUUCUAAACGCCUCUAGAGUAAUUGCUAUAUUAAAAAGAUAUGUUAAAUAUACUUCAGAGAAUCAUAGCUUAAAGGACUUGGGAGCGGACGACUUUAUUAUACAAUCUUUCGCUUCUCUGAAUAUGAAUAAGGUCAGCAAGAGAAAGUAGUCCACCGUCUGGCAUAUAUGGCAGGUUUUUGUCUCAACUAGAAUGCCGUCUAAUUUAUUUUACUUUUUUUUUUUUUACUUUUUUUUUUCUCAGCCAACUGAUUGUUUUUCUUUUACACUUUAUACUUAAGUUAGGCUCCAAAGUCUCUCAGCUGCUAUACAGAGAAUUUAUAAAUUUGUGAUGUUCUUAUGAGUAAGUUAGCAACUUUUUCUAUCAGUAAAAAGAGACAUCUAGAUA